UUGCACAGUUAAUAGUAGAGAACAAAAGGGAGGGGCCUUUUGAUCCGAGGUUGGGCUCCACAAGUAUUGAUCUUGUCACAUCCUGCCAUUGGCGCAUUCUUGACACACUGUGGUUGGAAUUCGACGCUGGAAGGAGUAUGCAGCGGCGUGCCAAUGAUAACAUGGCCCUUCUUUGGAGAGCAGUUCUUGAAUGAGAAGUUUGUUGUAGAGGUAUUGGAGAUUGGUGUUAGUGUUGGGGCUAAGGCUGUUGUGCACGUGGGUGAAGAACACAAGUGUGGAGUGUUGGUGAAGAGGGAGGAAAUUAGGAAGGGUGUGGAGAGAGUAAUUGGUGAAGGAAAAGAAGGAGAAGAGAGAAGGAAAAAAGCAAAAGAGCUUGGGGAGAUGGCAAACAGGGCAAUAGAAGAAGGGGGAUCAUCUCAGCUCAACAUCACAAUGCUAAUCCAGGACAUAAUUCAACAAGCAAAAAAUUGGUCAUCUUGUUAGUUUUGUGGCUCUGUUUUGCUUCAAAUACUUAGCUUGAGUAGUUUGAACUUUUUUUUUUUUUUCUUU